UUAAAAGCAUUAGUAAAACUUAGCAAAUAUCACGAAUACAAUUUUAGAGUGUAUUUUAGGCGCUGCGGUUGGUAUUAUUCAUCUCGUGGUGGAGCAACUGUGCAGGCUUUAAUUUACCAACUGGGGGCUUCACUGGGGGCUUCACAUUCCGUUCUGAAGUACUUCCGUCUGAAGAACUCGUGGCAGGAGCAUUAAAUAUAACAUCAACAAUCACAAACCUUACAGCAAGGAACAUGCUGGCUGACUAUCUGACAGUCUGCCCUGGACAAGACAUGUGCAAGGGGGAAAGUUUUAAAACGAAUUACACGUUUGGUGGUUCUAUGAGUCCUGCGUGUUCGACUUGCAGCUGUGACGACUCUUGCGCUAGGAAGAAGAAUUGUUGUCCUUCAAAUAUUUUGGACCAGAACAGCUUGGGGAAGAAGAGCACACCAUUAGCAUGUCUCAAACCAUUAUGGAACCCGACGUUUGCUGUCCUUUUCCAAGCACACAGAGCGUCGUAUUGGAUGAUAGAGACAUGUCCAAGUGGCGAAAGAUGUGUGCCACCGCUGUCCAAAGCCGACAUAAGGAACAUCACGCUUUCUCUUCCAGUCACUUCUCUCAGAACAAACGAAACCUACAGAAACAUACGCUGCGCACUGUGUCACUCUGAAAACUUCACGGAUUUGGUAUUCUGGAACCAUGACCAAAUUAUUUGCACGUCGAGGUCCGAGUUGCUGUCAAAGAUAACCAGCAGAGAAUUUGUGCGAUUGGUUUUCAAUCCUUACCCAUCAUGUAACUUCUUGUUUUAUCCACCAGUCUCGCUACAGAAAAUUGUUUCGAAAUGUACCGAAGUUGAUGACAAUUAUUGUAUUAACGCGAACAUCUUGCCAGCAGAUAAAGCGUACCUGGUGGAUGCCUGUGCUGCAUAUAAUUUGCCAUACUUUUCGUGUAUGACAGGUAUCGUACAUAGAAAUGUUUACUGUUACCUGUGUACCGUUCCAAGAAUAUAUGAUGCUCCAAUUGCCUGCCCAAACAGCAGCCAUUUAUUUCAACUGGGGGCGGACAAACUUCCGAUUUUUUCUGCUCUUCUGAAUUUGGAAAAAGAGAUCGCUGGAGAAACUCGCACGGUAACUCAAGAUGAAAUGUGUACAGAUGGCGAAUUAUACGACACCUUUUUGGACAAAUGCUUAAAGCUGACUUGUGAAGACGAGUACAUUUUAGAAGGAAAUACUGUUUGUCAGUCCAUGUACUCAACAAUGGGAGAAAACAACUACGAAGUCAACAUGAUGUUCUAUCCCACAGAAUCAGUCGGGUUAGAGGUGGACGUAAAAAAAUCAUUGAGGGACUUUCUACAGGGCGUCUUUGCUCAGAAUAACAUUUCCAGGUACCUGUGUACAAUAACAGUUCUGAGUCCCAUUGACGAACAAGGCGGCGGUCCCAGUCGUAAAACAGAUGUUAUUUAUCACGGGGUGGUCGUCAAACUAUCGGUGAAUCAUCCACAUAACAUUGACAGCUUCAUAGAAAAUCUGAUCCGAAUAGUUACUUUUGAAAAUGAAAUCGAACUCUCCGAUAGACUAUUCAACCAUAGAAUAAAUGUCACCGGGUUUAUUAUUGGCCAACGCUUUCAUUUGUAUGAGGAUAAUUUUUAUGCUUAUAAAGAUCCCCAUUACAUCCACCCAAUUACAUUUAAAACGCUACAUAGUAAACUAUUCGACAUUGCUAAUCAGGCAAAUGAUAACAGACGAUAUAAUUGUGUCAAGGAAAAAGCCCAUAUUGUGGUCGUGGCCGACUGGUAUCGUUGUCCAAAAGUUAACAUAGAGACGGCUGAUGCAAGACUUGAGUUGUCAAACUUCACCCUGUGUCUCACCGACAACCAAAACUGUAUUCCCUCAAGAUACUUCAAGCAGUCUUUAAAUAAUCAGAAGUUUCAAGUUUGUCUUGACUGGUAUCGGUUUUCUCUUACAACACAAGCCCUGUCCAAUACAAUUGAUGAUUCAGUAGAGAAAUAUCUCUCACUCGCUUGUUUGUCUCUUUCUUCUUGUGGGGCUGUGUUGACAAUUCUAUCUUUUGUUUCUAAAAAAUCUCGCAUUACAUCCUCAGGAACAAAAAUCAUCAUUCUUUCAGUUUUAAUGAUACUUGCCAAUACAGUAUACACCUUUUCGAAGUACUUCCUUUGGAGCAAAGAAUUGUGUGUUACUGUUGGCAUGUUAGUGCACUUUCUCUGGCUGUCUGUUCUAUUUUGGAUGAGCCUGUCUACUUUCCAAAUUUUUCAAACGUUUACAACUUUGAGAGUUGCACGCUUUGGAAAGAACGCACGGGUGUUGUUUCUUUUGCUGCCUAACACGUUCCUCUCUAUACUUCCUGUAGGAAUCAACGUCAUUUUAAGCUACAGUUCCAGUCAAGGCGAGAAUUUAGGAUAUUCUCUCACUACCUGUUAUAUCGCAGAAUCUAGUAUGGUUCUAUACACCUUUGCCCUACCUGUUGGCAUCGCUGUGUGUCUCAACAUGUUUAUGUUUUUGGUCACGGUAAGUAGAAUUCAAGAGAAGGACGAAGUACGCAAGUCUGCUGAUCAUAAGAAUAUUGGCGCAUUCUUCCGGUUAUCAACGCUUACUGGAGUGUCUUGGCUGUUUGGAUUUUUGGCUUUGCUCACUGAGCUUCAUCUGUUCUCCGUUUUGCACACCUUAUUUACUGCAGGUCAGGGCGUGUUUCUGUAUUUGGCAUUUGGGCUCACAUUUAGGUGCUGCUGUGCUAACGAGAGAGAAAAAACCAGCUCGGGUAAUAAAAGUUCAAGAUCAUUUGUUACGUCACAUUAAGAUAUAUAGAGAGACGUGACAAUCGCUUUCCCAUGCCUUUCGGUGUUUUAAAAUUUGGAGUUUUUUUUAUAUUGAUUAAAAUUAUUCGUUUGCUGUUGUCUUGAUGUUGUGUUGGCCAAUUUACGUAUCUAUUAAUAUAAAAUAUAUAUAUUAAAUUAACGGGGUUAUAUAUUAUUGAAAAUCGCGAAAAAGUAUUAAUUAGCGGUAAGAUUAGAUCCAAUUAUCUUUUUGUUUUCCGAUUUGAAAUCUAAAUCAUAGUCCUAUACUCGACACAAUGAGUGUUCAAACUUAAAACACGAAAUUUUUAGAAAUCAUAAAAAAAAACCUAGCAUUGUGUAAAUAUCAGAAAAAAUUAUUGUUUUAGUUUGUUAUUUAAAAAAAUAGUUUUAGAGGAAAAAGACAAUGAAAUUAAAUUUUCUAUGAAAUGAAAGUAUUGGCUUGUCUUAUUCUUUUGGUUUUUUCUAGCUUUUACAGGAACUAUACAAUAUACAAAAAUGAAACCUUUCUGCAAAUGAUCUAACAAUUAAAUAACACGCUUGCUUAAAAGCUUUCCAGUACUUUCAGUACUUUAAUUAGAACGCUGUUGUUGCUUUUUUAAAAGACCCCGUAACCUCUAUAUAUGUAAAAUUAAUCUGUCUUUGAUCAUAUCAUAAUGAUGGUGAUAGUUUGAUAAAAGAUGUCCUGAUUUUAAAAAAAAUCUGCAUCAAUUUAUAUCAUUUCUUUGUGUUAAUUUUAUUUUAUAUUGUUAUACAAACUGUAUGUAUUGUUUGUAGAAUAAAUUUGCAUUAUUUAA